UGUCGCAGUUUACCCAGCCAGAGUUUGCGUUUGCGGGUGGAGCAGACUUUCUGUUUGCCAAAGAUUUUCCUCUUGUGAACGAAACAGGAUGUUUGUUCCGCACACACUAAAGUUUAACGCUAAGCGACUCCACUGAGCUACUAAUGAUGUACGUCAGUUUAAUGGGGCAUGCGUAAAAAGCGGCGCACUGGCCCAAAACAAAUUUAGAUUAUUAUUUCAAGUUUACGUACUUACCGAGAAGCCGCUUAACGUCAGAUAUUUUAUUUCAAGGCUUUGAUAAUUCACCAAUGACAACUGAAUAUGAGACAAUUCCAACGGAUGUGGUCUUUGCUGUUUCAAGUCGCUAUUUUCGUGGUCGCUCGGGAGGGCACCGGCCAACACUCCUCGGGUACCAUCAGGUUUUUAAAUCCUCCCGAGAGCCCAGACUCGGCCUAUCCACUGCGAGUCCGGUAUUCGUGCAGUGGCCGUUGCGCGAUCCACUUGCAGGUGCUGGUAACUUUCGAUACUGGUAGCACGUCGGCGGUGUUUCAGAGACGGUGGCCCUGCUCCCCCGGGCCGCCAAGGACCCGGUUAGUCUUGCUCCAGUUCCCAGACUGGCUUGUGUACCAGCCGGACUGGAGAAUACGCGUCCCCGACUGGGUUCUCGGUUGCCUUUUACGCGCCUGGGUCAGCGGUAGCGCGUCCGGCGAGCCGAGCCGGUUUCCCUUCGCCAGCGCAGCGACGGCACUCAGUGUCCCUAGUCCGCUCAGUCGUCCUUUUAAACGACAUUUGCUGUGUCCCAGCUGGGACGCAGAGACGCGCUGGAAGGUCGGUAAAAACAGAUCACAAUGUCCAUCAGAAAACGAAGUAGCCAGUCUAGUGUCCUCGUUAUACGGGUCGACGGGAGAGCACUUCGGCAUCACUAAAAGUCUGCAAUCGUAUAGAAACGAAGCGCUGGAAUACCUACGGCUCAAAGGGAUUUCACAUCCAUGGUGCGCCUUCAAUGUCUGGGUCUUGUUGGCCCAACCGUGCAGAGAUGCUCUCUGCGGGCUCAUACACCACAUAGACUCUGAGGAAAACUAUAGCACCCCUUCCUUGUUCGUUACAAGUUCAGGUCGCAUCCAUGUGCAGUUGCAGGGCAAGAACGGCCAGUCAGUGGCAUUUCUUUCUCCGUCCCCGCUACCUCUCGGCUUGUGGUGCCUGCUGAGUUUAGAGCUGAGGGGUACAAUGGGCACAAUCGCAGCUGCAUGCACUGAUGGACAGAAACAAGAAGUCGUUUUCUCUUCAGAACACACGUUUCAGAUAGCUGUGAAGCUGGAUGACACAGAUGGCUAUUUUGUGGUAGGGGGAGGAAAAUUUAUUAAAGGCAUUGAAGGGUUUUAUGGUCCUACUAUGUAUUACCGAACAAAGAUCCCCUCACUUAACAUGUCUGAGCUGUAUCUUCCCCAGCCAAUAAGAAUGGUGAAUUUGUCAGGAUGGUUACAGACGUGUCGGGAGUUUAAAUCAAAACUUAAUCACCAAAUAGCAGACUAUUCACAUGCAAGUAUUGCGAUGAGACUGGAAGAGGGCUGCGUGGACGUGUACACAGAGCUAACACUGCGAGCCAGUCCAACACCCUUGAGGACCCCAUAUAACACCCUUAUUCCACUCAGCCACUCCCAAAGAUGUUUGAUAGCUCGGGUGGUCAAACUACUGUUAAGCAAAUAUGGCUCCGUGGAUCCAGCAGCCGUGGGCAGAGUUCUGUACUCGGCAGUGAUGAGAAAGCUGACCAUGCACGGGAGUGUGGAGGUGGUGGGCAGGCUCCUGAGCUCCCUCUUGCAGGCGGGAUGCUUAGGGGAUGACCGAGCUCUCCAUCUCGCCUCUGUUCUUUAUAGCAGCGGACUCGGUGUUAAGAAGCAGCCCUAUAAGGCAUGGCUGCUGUCCUUGGUGGCGGCCCAGAGGGACCAGCGGCUGGCUCUGCUCCGUCUCGGGCACCUGCACCAUGUGGGAGACCCGGUGCUGCCCCCCGACCCUGACCUCUCCUACGCCUAUUACGCCAACAUCGCUAAGCAGACCUCAGCAGACCGAAUGCAGCCCUCCUCACAACAGGCAUUUGUCGAGUCAAUACACCUGAACGAUGAGGAAACUCUGAAAGCCCAGACCAAUGAGAACGACAACAUCUUUCACUGGCUCAAACUGCAGGCUCGCCGCGGUGUGGCGGACGCCGAGCAGACGCUAGGCCGGAUGCUGUUCUGGGGUCAGCAGGGGGUUUCUCCGGACAUCCCGACUGCCAUCAGGCACUACGAGAGGGGUGCCGUCAGACUGCAGGACCCUGUCUCUAUGUACGACUAUGCCAUCGUGCUGCUCCUGGGCCAGGGAAUUCCACAAGAUGUACCAAGAGCCGUCACCUUCCUGAAGAAAGCGAUGGAACAGGGCUUCGCUCCGGCCAUCACCGCCUUGGGCUGGUACUACGAGCAGUAUGAGCAAGACUACCAGCGCGCCGUCGAGCUCUGGGAACACGCUGACCUCCUGGAGAAUCCAGACGCGGCCAUGAAUCUCGGAGUCCUCCACCUGCAAGGCCUCUAUCCUGGACAAGCAGCUGACAAAAUGAAGGCAUAUACAUACUUCCUAAAGUCAGCCCAGAGAGGCCACCUGAAUGGGGGCAUCGAGCUGGCUCAGGUGUGGAGCCAUGGGAUCCCCGGCCAUGUGCCACGCCGCCCCUUGGACGCUGUUCUAUGGGUUAAAUGGGCGUCCGAGCAUAAUGGAUAUCUUGGUUCAGUCUUGAGGAAAGGCCUAAAUGCCUAUCUUAAUGGGAACUGGUUCAUGGCCCUAGUUUAUUACCUUAUGUCUGCUGAGUGUGGAUUUGAAGCAGCUCAAUUUAACGCAGCGUUCUUGUGUGAACACAGCCCUGUCGGAUCCUUGAAUCGCACGUUUGUGGCGCAGUGUAUGCUGCAGUAUUACAAUCUAUCCGUUCAGGAUCAGAACCCUACCCCUUACGCUUUGGUCAAAUUGGGAGACCUGUUGUAUGAGCAGCUCACUGUAGCGAGAAGAGACCUUUCUGAUGCAGCCGAGAUGUACAAACGAGCAGCACUCCAAAAUGACCCACAGGGCUGGUACAGUCUGGGAGUGCUCGUUCAACAGGGGCAGAGGCUGUCUGCCACGCUGCUGUCUGAUCUGAAUUUACUGCAGCAUUAUUUUUCAGACAAGCACACACUUCUGACCACCCUGUACCACAGGUGUCGAGAGUCCAGCAGUGAUGAGUCCCAUCUACCCUGUACCCUUGCUCUGUUUGCCUGGCACUGGCACUCACUACAAGAGCAUAUACCAGCCACUGUGAAGCUCGUGAGUGCCUUGGCUGUUGUCAUAGCUACCGUCUCCUUUUUCAAACUCGUGCCUGCCAUCCUUCGCCAGAGGUCUGCCUUGGGCCGCCAGACGUCGACGGCCUCCCCCUCGGAAACCGACCGACCCUCGGAGCGUCCACUGGAGCAGCAAGUGUCCUGAGCGGACUUCUCAGGAGGGGUCUCCAGUCACUGGUUUGGGAGCACGCUCGUGAUGAACUCACCAAAGGGCGCAAAGAGAGAACGCACAAUAGCAUGGCUUGAAAGAUACACUCAGUAUAUGAUUGUUUGUUUGUUUUCUUUUUCAUAAAUCGUUGCUUGACUUUCUGUGAUGGUUAUCAGCUAUAUGCCCUGAUCACAUUUUUGGAAGGCUGAUUUUCCCACAGUUUUUUCCAGACCUGUUUUGGUCACGUAUGGAGGAGGGCUACAUAGUUUAACUUGUAACAUGUAACACACUAAAGGUGGACUGUUCACAGUUCUAA